GUGCUGUCUGCUGCAUCCCACGAGGAGGCAACUCGUGUUGUUAGCUUGCAGCUAACAACAAACGGAACUCCCUUUAAGAAUCCGCUAAGUUUAGUCAGAAUGAUAACUCCUGCCUUUGACUUGAGCCAGGAUGCWGAACACCUGAUCUUCAGCAUCCGGGUACCUUUCACCAGGACGUCAGAGUUCGACCUGUUCAUUGACGGGACAGAUUUUAAGUUUUACGCAAAGCCCUACUUUCUCAGAUUAACUCUURCUGGAAGAAUUGUGGAAGAUGGAAGGGAGAAGGCCACAUUUAACAUUGAUAAAG